CGACCGGUCGCGUUUCGUUUCGCUACUGCGCUGUGGCCGUGAAAAAGACAAGCGAUGCAGGCAGGAGGGCUUGUGUCAACACAUGGGACAGCAGAAAGUUAAAGGAGACUUCGUUUAAAACGGCCCCAAGCUAGCUGACGCGUCGUUUGGGAAGCAACGAGAGAAGACCAGGGAGAUCCAAACUCAACCAUGGUUUCUGCUGAGCACGUAGCUCACAAGAUACUGACUUACAUCCCGUAUGUCCUUGUUUUGAUUGAUAUGAAAUAUGAAGGGGUGAAAUGUGGCAAGGAUGGGAGUGUGGACAAUCACAUGGAGAUGGGGAAGAAACUGCUAGCAGCUGGACAGCUAGCCGAUGCCCUCUCUCAUUUCCAUGCUGCUGUGGAUGGGGAUCCCAAGAACUACAUGGCAUACUACAGGAGAGCCACGGUGUUCCUGGCCAUGGGGAAGUCAAAGUCUGCCCUGCCAGACCUGAGCAGAGUCAUUGAACUCAAACCAGACUUCACAGCUGCACGUCUACAGAGAGGAAAUCUCCUUCUAAAGCAGGGGAAGCUGGAUGAAGCGGAGAGCGACUUCAAGAAAGUGCUGAAGUCCAACCCCAGCGAGAAAGAAGAGAAGGAAGCCCACAGUCAGCUGACGAAGUCCGAUGAAAUCCAGCGGCUGGUGGCUCAGUCACGCAGCAGCUUCAACACCAAGGAUUAUCUGACAGCUGCUGCCCUGCUUGACACCAUCAUUGAGACUUGCAUUUGGGAUGUGACCUCUCGCGAGAUGAGAGCGGAGUGUUUCAUUGAAACGGGGGAGAUGGGGAAGGCCAUCAGUGACCUUAAAGCGGCAUCCAAGUUAAGGAGUGACAACACCCAGGCCUUCUACAAGCUCAGCACCAUCUACUAUAAUCUUGGAGACCACGAAAUGUCCCUCAACGAGGUGCGCGAGUGCCUGAAGCUGGAUCCUGAUCACAAGCAGUGUUACAGCCAUUACAAGCAGGUCAAGAAGCUUAACAAACAGAUCCAGUCUGCGGAGGAACUCAUCCAAAAGCAGAGUUACGAGGAAGCGGUGAGCAAAUACGAGGCGGUGAUGAAGACCGAGCCCAACGUGCUCCAUUUCUCGCUCCUUGCCAAGGAGCGAAUCUGCCACGCGCUAGCACAAAGCCAGCAGGGGGGCAGAGCGAUCUCGGUGUGCAGCGAAGUCCUCCAGUCGCAGCCGGAAAACUUCAACGUGCUGAAGGACAGAGCGGAGGCCUACAUCCAGGAGGAACAGUAUGAGGAAGCUAUUAGGGACUACGAGACCGCUUCGAAACACAGCGAGAACGACCGGCAGAUCAAAGAAGGCCUGGAGAGAGCGCAGCGACUUCUCAAACAGUCACAGAAGAGAGAUUAUUAUAAGAUCUUGGGAGUGAAGAGAAAUGCCCAGAAAAAGGAGAUUAUCAAAGCCUACAGGAAGCUGGCACAACAGUGGCACCCGGACAACUUCCAGGAUCCAGAGGAGAAGAAGAGGGCGGAGAAGAAGUUCAUCGACAUCGCUCAGGCCAAAGAGGUUCUCACUGAUCCAGAGAUGAGAACCAAGUUUGACCACGGAGAAGACCCCUUAGACCCCGAGAGCCAGCAGGGUCACCACCACCACCACAACUUCCACGGAGGUUUCCACGGCUUCCAGGGCUUCAAUCCGUUCGGCUCUGGGCCCUUUAACUUCAAGUUCAACUUCAACUGAGGAGCUUCUGCUCUCCGGCUCAGCUGGAGUGGAGUUUUCUGCUCUCCUCCCCAUUUACGAGGGAGAUCGCUGGCAAAGGGAACGUCAGAUCACAAGCGUCACAAAAAGAAAAAAAAAAAAAUCCGACUUUAAUUCAGUGACUUUAACUAAAGAUGCAUCUCUGUUGUUGAAUAAAACAACUUUGAAUUCCGACUGGGAAAAAUCUGUUGCUAUGCUAACAAAUAUCUGCCUUGUGUGAAGCAGCUUUUAUCUGUCAAAUAUUGUUGUUCAUUCGACACUCUUUCAUGUACUGAACACUCUGCAAGUCACAACCGUUCGCAAGAUUCAGUUUGUACAGAGGUACAUGACUAUUUUUGUAUGAAUGGAGUUUCUUUUUUAUUUUGAAAACUGUAAAUAAAGAGCUAUUUAUGUACAUUAAAUUAAACGGGGGGUUUUUGGUGUGUAGAAUUGUGAAACGGUUUAAAGAGAAAAACAAUUGACAAUCCCAUUAAAUAGCCUGUAAUCAUGCCACAACUUCUUUUUUUUUUUUUGACGGUUUUGUAGCAAAGAUUUAUUUUUUUUCUACCAAACUGUAAUAUAAACAUUUGUAUUUGACACAGCACAGUGAAAGAUGGCUGCCCUGAGAGCAGCCUUCCAGCACCCAUGUGUUUUUCUUUUUUUUUUUAUUUUAAAUUGACUAAAGACAGAAUAAAACUACUGUUCUGUUGAGCAGCAACACCAUCUUA